AUGAGGUUGGACUUUGGCUUAGUACUACUCUCCUUGGUCGAACAUGUAACGACUUCAGCGUUAUGGUCAGAUCGCAAUCCUCCUGAGCAACACAAUAACACUGGAAAUCAGGCAAAUCUGAGCGUAGCAACUCAGUCAAGUGGGAAAAGACAAGCUCGUUCAUUUAAUUCAGUUCGAUUUUUUGAGCCCUCCAUAGCCUUCCCAACUUGCUUGGUACACGAUGGAACUGAGCCAGGAAUGGCUCUGAUAAACGAAGUCUCAGGCGAGCCGUGUAGCCUUCUAGGCAGCCUGCAAAGAUUACUUCAGCCAAAUGAGGAUGUCUAUCUCCCUCUUACUGGAGUAAACAAAGCAAAUCACAUCUUUACUGGAGCUGUGGUACGCCUUAUAUCUACUGGCAACCCCCUUGCUAACCUCUUUCUCGUGGACCCAACCAACUUUACGGUGGUGACACAGCAGGCUGUUGAUCGAGAAGCAAUUUGUACUAGACCAGGGCUACCACAACAAACUGUCGAUUGCUGUGCCGCUAGUCGUAUGGAAUGCAAUCUUCCAAUGACUUUGUUGGUUCGCUUAGAGUCAAAUGGCCGUGGCAAGCCUAGGAACCGGAAGGAU